UGUUCCUUGUUACUCGCGGUUUAAGCUCGAUUACGAUACGUGUUCGCUUGAGGUGUAGUUCGGCACAGUUUCAGAAGUGAUUCGAAGGACUGUACUAGCUAUGAAACUAGCUAUAGUGUUGUGUGUUUUGGGCACGGCCCUCGCUUUGCCCGAUGGAUACCAUUACGAUCCUCCUGCAGUGACUAGUACCUUGUAUUUCCCUUCAAUCCCUGAGGAUGAUUGUGAACAGCCGGCGCAGCUGCCGGAAGUGACGUACCAGAAAGAGCUGCCAACCUACACUCAGCACACCUCGCACGUGUACACUGCUCCAGUGAAACAACAGGUGCAGGUUCUUCAACCGCUGAAGACCCAUGUUACUUACGAAAAAGAACAAGUCCAAAACGUGUGGGGUUCAUCCGGACAGCAAGCUCAGAGCACUGUUUGGGGAUCGCUCGGAUCGUUGCAAAAGAUCGAACCAGCGCCACAGAAGGUUCAACAGUUGAACCUCUGGGACACUAGCAAGCAGCAGCAACAACAACAGCAACAGUCUAGCUCGUGGGGAGUUUCGUCGAGUUCAAACGCUAACGCAUGGAGUUCUGCUUCCCAACAGCAAGAACAGUCCAGCAUUUGGGUAAAGCCACAACAUCAUAUCGAGGAAGUUUUCAAGCACGUGUACGUUCAUGUCCCGCCAGAGGACAAGGAAGAGUACCAGCCACCACAAAUUAUCCAGCCAGUUGCCCACAAGCAGAAGCACUACAAGAUUAUCUUCAUCAAGGCUCCCAGCCCUCCAUCGCCCAAGUCGGUUGUCGUGCCUCCUCAGCCACAAAAUGAAGAGAAAACGAUUGUGUACGUCCUGCACCAGAAGCCGGAACACCGUCAGGAAGUGAUUGUGCAGAAACCGGAACCAGCGAAGCAGAACAAGCCUGAAGUAUUCUUCAUCAAGUACAAGAACCAGAAGCAACAAGUUAAAAAAGAAGUGAAAUAUGUUUCGUCUACGGCUGCUCCAGCUUCCUGGGAAGCUAAGUCCAGCAGUGGUUCCAGCAGUUAUUCCUCCGGUGCUUCUUCUGGAUCAAGUUACUCGUUUGUCAGCAGCACCGCGGCUCCGGUCGUGUACUCUACCGCAGCUCCCGUUGUAAAAAUUGUUGAGUCCGCUCCUGUUUCCUACUCCAGCUCGUCCAGCAGCAGCAGCAGCAGCAACACCGGAUACUCCGGUGGAGAUUCUGGAAGUUAUUCCUUUGUCAGCAGCACCGCAUCCCCGAUCGCUUACACCACCGGACACAGCGUGAAGGUUGUUGAAACCGCACCAAUCAGCACUGGAUACGACUACUCGUCCAACCAGGGAAGUUCCGGCAGUAGCUACAGCAGCUUCUCAAGCGGAAGUGGGGCCCAAUCUAGCGGCUACGAAAGCUAUGUCGAUCUCGGAAACUCUGGUUACUCGGGAUUCACCAGUGGUGGAAGCGGUCUGGGAGUGAUCAACGUUGGUGCUAACGAUUACUCUGCUUCAAUCUCCAGCAGCACGGUUGCGCCGAUUGCCAAGAGCUCUUCUUACGUCAGCACGACUCCACAUAGCAUCGUAAGCAGCACGAUCGGUUUUGGAGGAGAACUCUCUGUCCGGAACUCCGGAAGCAGUGGAUAUUCGCAGCGGUCAAGCGGACGCAGCCGUGGAACCACCAUCGGCACGACCAAGAAACCUUGCCGUCGUUGCGGUAGCUCGACCAGCGCACCACUCGUUGUUCACGAAAACACGUACACCUCCAACGUGUACUAGAGGGAAAGCCGAAAAACAAAUUAAAUGUGUUUAGCAACAUUUUGUUUAUAGUAAGUUGAUUCAAUAAAUCGCCUAGGUAAUAAAGAAGCUAUAUAGUUGUGUAACGUGA